UCGACGAAAAACGCAUCCGGAUCGAACUAAGCGCGCUAGUUAUUAACGCGGCGGCGGCGGCAAAAUAUAAAAAAAAAAAAUUGGAAAAUAGAAAGAAACUUUUUUCUUAAGUUUUUUCGCUAAAUUAAUGUAGAGUAGUGUAGUUAAGCGAACAAAAAGUUUAAUAACUUAAAACUUACAAAUGUCUUGAAAACGUCUAUUUUUUAAGUUUUUCCAAACAAAUGUUCUUAAUAACGUAAGUUGAAGAUAAUGUCGACUCGAACUACGACGACACCCGCCUAUCCAGCAACGACCACGCCCACUCCUCCUAUCCUUACACCCACUAUGUUAGAUACACAUUUAGCCACAACAAUCAUAAGAGCAGUGACCAUGCCCAAUUCAAGAACGAAUACAAGUAAUAUUGCUAAUCAUAACCGCCCAACAAUCACCAACCACAACACCACCACCCCCACGACCCCCACCACUACCCACACACACCCCGACACAAUGCACACACAUGCGCAGAGCAUAAGCUGGCGACUGCAGCGAUAUUGCGCACAGGCUAUAGCAGCAACGAGCAGCAGGCGAAGAAGAAGAAGGCGUGAUGAUAUUAACAACAACAACAACAACAACAACAACCACCACAACAGCAGCAACAAUACAACGAAUUGCAAUAUCAAUAACUGCAAUCAGUGCUACUACAGCAAUAACAAUCAAAUUGCGUUUAAUACGCUUUCUAGUGCGGCACUGCAUGACACAGAUCACUACGAUCACAACAAUAACAGUAACAACAACUAUAGCAGUAGCCAUAACAACAAUACUUCCAGCGGGAGCAGCAAUAUCAACUUAAUUAAAACUAUAACAAGAACAAUUUCACCUGCAAUACAACUAUUAAAUGCGGCUAUACGCACUCUGCUGAGUAGCUCUUCAAAAGCCGCCACCUACAUCGGUGCGUUGCUCGUCCUUACCACGCUAUGUUCCUUCUGUGUUGCUUCACCCUGCGAUCUACACAGCUGGUGGGAUCCGCUCAAGGACAAAUGUAUUACGUGCACUGUGUGUGAGGGGGAUUUGAUACCGUUGCGUCCGUGUCAGUUGCAUCGUGACACGAUAUGCGGUUCCAUUUAUGAUCUGAAGAUCGAUUGGGUGGUGCUGGCGAAAACGGAACCCAACUGGAAGGAGCGCCGAAAGGACGACGGCGACAUGGACUUUGAGGAACAAUUGACACAAGAUGAGUUACAGCAACUGCAAGAUGGAACACUGCCGAUGGCUUGGCAGACAACGGCGCUCUUUUUGGCCGUGUUAGCCUGCUUGCUCUUUUUCAUUAUAGCAGCCGGCAUUUUAGUGCAUCACAUGCGGCAGUGGCGGCGUAUGGAGCGUCGACUUGAUCAAGAUGUUGAAGAAUUAUCAACAAAAUUGAUGGCAAAAUUAGCGGAGGUACAAAGUAUGGAGGGUGGAACAUUUUUCAUUGGCAAUGCCGAUGCAUUAGGAGUACCAAGUACUUUCCAGCCGCAGCAUGUACUAUUACCGGAAAAACCGGCAAAACACCAUCAUGAACGGCGUAUCUUAAAAACAUUACAACCCGGUAAUGUUUAUAUUGAGGAAAGUAGUUCAAAGGGUUGAG